CUAUUCGUGUUCACGUAUUCUCGAUUUCCCGCGUUUGAAGCACCUUCCCGCGAAAACUCACAUUAGAUUGCACUUGUUCGCGCGUAUAAACGUGUUUUCCUGACGGUAUUUUAAUAUGUAUAUAGACUACGUUAUUUAUAUCUGAAUUAAAAGAAGUGUCAUUAAUAAAUUUGAUAUUAUAAGUGUAUCCAGAAAAACUCGUUUAAGGACUAAAUUUUAAAAAGAACCGCUUGUAGGUUAAUAGAUAAUGCGACAAAUGAAGUUUGCUUUAAAAAUUUCACUGCUGGAUUAAGAAAGAGUUUUCUUCGAGAAGAGAAAAUUGUUACAUAUUAAUAUCAUUGAACUGAAAUCUACAUUAAAAUGACAAAUGUCCAAACGACGAUUCCGUUUAAUAUACGAAAGAAGUGUUCGUUUUACGGGGUCAAAAAUAACAUUGUGAAAGAAGACUUUACUAAUGCAACUGCUCGAGAAACUUCAUAUAAAUAUACGCCAACAGUGAAGAAACUAAUUACCUUCAGUAGCAGUGAAUCGGAUUCCGAUUCAGAUGUAGAGAAUUCGUUGGUGGAAGAUAAUGUGAAAUUACAUUCCAAACGUGCAGUUGUUGGAAGCUCUCGACGCGUACGAAAAGCUAGUGGUUCUGACAAGGAUAUCGACUCUACACCUCGUAAACAAAAAAGGAUAGGGAAGGUUGAGCAAGUUUCACCUACAACACCUUCUACAAUUUUAGACAAAUUGCACUUAACAUCUCUAGAUAAGGAAGACAAAUUAGCUCCUAAAAAAUUAUUUGGUUCAGAAAAGUACCGCAAUGCUCGUCAAGCUUUACAUAGUUCAGUACCUGAAACUUUACCUGGUAGAGAACCAGAAUUAACUCAAUUACAAGAAUUUAUGGAGGAACAUCUGAAAAAUGGAACAUCCGCUUCCUUGUACAUAUCAGGACCUCCAGGAACUGGAAAAACAGCAUGUCUUUCAAAACUUAUGCUUGAGCCUGAGUUUAAAACAAAAUUUAAAGUAGUUUAUGUUAAUUGUACAACCAUGAAAUCUGCUGUUACAAUUUAUGGGAAAAUCAUUCAGGAAUUAGGUUUGUCUGUUCCAAAAUCUGGAAAGAAUAGUAAAAUGCUUAUUGAAAAAUAUCUAAUUUCUAAGCAUAAAAUGUUGCUAUUAAUUUUGGAUGAAUUAGAUCAGUUAGAAAGCAAAAACCAAUCUGUUUUAUAUUCAAUUUUUGAAUGGCCAUUGAUACGUAAUUCAAAAUUACUUCUCAUUGGUAUUGCCAAUGCCUUGGACUUGACAGAUAGAGUAUUACCCAGAUUACAGGCUAGAUGUGAAUUAAAACCAAAAUUAAUGCAUUUUCCACCAUACACUAAACAACAAAUUUAUAAUAUAAUACUUGAAAGGUUGAGUGAAGCUAAAGUAUCAGAUCUUUUUACUGGAACUGCAGUGCAAAUGUUAGCUGGGAAAGUUGCUGCAGUUUCCGGAGAUAUUAGGAGAGCUUUGGAUAUAAGUAGAAGAGUAAUAGAACUCGCAGAAUCUCACAAAUUAGUACAAGUUUUACAACCCACAAAUGACAAUGAAACAAAUACUGGUAGUCCCAAAAAACAUCAGUCUAUAGCAGAAAAACCAGUUGAUUUGAAAGAAGUUAUUACUGUAUUAAAUGGAGUUUACGGAGGAUCUCAAAAUAUUCAGAAAGAAGAAAGCACAUUUCCUUUACAGCAGAAGUUGUUGUUAUGUUCUCUUCUUUUGAUUUUGAAUAAAGGAAGAAAUAAAGAUGUGACAGUGGGAAGAUUGCAUGAAGUAUAUAAAAAAGUUUGCAAGAAACGAAAUAUUCAUGCUGUCGAUGGUUCUGAAUUCGUAAGUUUAUGUUCAUUGAUAGAAACGAGAGGUAUUUUAAAAUUGGCGAGAAAAAAGGAACCCCGUUUGUCGAAAGUUAAUUUAGAAUGGGACCAAGAAGAAUUGGAUGCAGCUUUGCAAGACAGAAAUAUGAUGGCAGAAAUUAUUAACGAUGUAUCUUGUUUGUAAAUGCGUUUAUAGAAGUUGUUAAUGUUUUUAAGCUUUAUCGAACAUCAGGAGACGCAAUAUAUUUUUAUAGCUAAGCAUGACGUCAGUUCUCUAUAUUAGUUUUUUAAUUUAUAGUAGUUUAAAACCAUUCAUGCAAUAUGAAAGUACUGUCCAAAGUUUUGUUACAGUAUUUUAUAUUUCCAUCGGAACGAUUUUUCUAUCGAAGUAAAAUGUGUUUUUCUUUUGUAUUUUAUAUCAUGAGCAUAUUGUUGUAUUUUACCUGUAAUAAAUGUAUUGUUUUUAA